GCGGCGGGAUCUCUCUCCCUUUUACCGCCAUCAGAGCGGAGUCUCUUUCGUCCGGCAGACGUCUUCACUGCGCAUUGCCGUUCGUUCGCUACAGCCUCCGGCCACACAUUGAAGCAUCAUCUGAGACUCGGCUAAGAUGGCAGAUAUUGACAACAAAGAUCAAACUGAAAUGGACCCAGCAGAUAUGGAGGAUGUGGAGGACGUAGAAGAGGAGGAGACUGGAGAGGAUGAGAACAGCAAAGCUCGUCAGCUCACUGUGCAGAUGAUGCAGAAUCCACAGAUCCUGGCUGCAUUACAGGAGAGGCUGGAUGGUCUGAACGGCUCACCAUCAGGGUACAUGGAGAGUUUACCAAAGGUUGUCAAGAGACGUGUAAAYGCCCUCAAAAACCUGCAGGUUAAAUGUGCGCACAUCGAGGCCAAAUUUUAUGAAGAAGUCCAUGAACUGGAGAGAAAGUAUGCAGCCCUCUACCAGCCCCUUUUUGACAAAAGAAGUGAAAUAGUGACAUCAGCCUACGAGCCCACAGAUGAGGAGUGUGAGUGGAAGGCUGAUGAGGAGGAAGAGCUGACAGUAAGUAAGCAGGAUGAGAUGAAGGAAAAGGCCAAGUUGGAGGAGGAGAAGAAAGACGAGGAGAAAGAAGACCCUAAAGGCAUCCCAGAGUUCUGGUUAACAGUUUUCAAGAAUGUGGACCUGCUCAGUGAUAUGCUGCAGGAACACGAUGAACCCAUACUUAAACAUUUACAAGAUAUUAAAGUCAAAUUCUCAGAUCCAGGCCAGCCCAUGAGCUUCACAUUAGAGUUCUACUUUGAGCCCAAUGAGUUCUUUACAAAUACARUGUUAACAAAAACUUACAAGAUGAGGUCAGAACCUGAUGAGAACGACCCGUUUUCCUUUGAUGGACCAGAGAUCAUGAGCUGCACAGGAUGCACAAUUGACUGGACAAAAGGAAAGAACGUCACGUUGAAAACUAUCAAGAAAAAACAGAAGCACAAGGGCCGUGGCACYGUGAGGACGGUCACCAAAACCAUCCCCAACGACUCCUUCUUUAACUUCUUUACCCCACCAGAAGUUCCAGAAAGCGGGGAGCUGGAAGAAGACUCUGAGGCGGUCCUAGCUGCAGAUUUUGAAAUUGGCCACUUCAUCCGUGAGCGCAUCGUCCCCCGAGCUGUGCUGUACUUCACAGGGGAGGCCAUAGAGGAUGACGACGAYGAUUAUGAUGAAGAGGGAGAAGAAGCAGAUGAUGAGGAAGGUGAAGAGGAGGCUGAUGAGGAAAACGACCCAGACUAUGAUCCCAAGGUUUAAAUGGUGACAGUAGAAAAAUAACCUUAUCCUGAAGGAUGCAGCCCCCCCAGCUGAGUGCAGGCAACAGUGAAGCCUCUCCGGCUGCCCUGAGGAUCAACUGCACUGUAACUGCUUCUCAAAUUAAAAGGAAAAAAAAAAAGAAAAAAUAGUUCUCGCCUUAUAAUGUUUUGUAUUUUUCUUGGUAGGGAAUUUGAAGAAAAAGUUUCCAGAUUUUUGUUACAAAAACAAUGGUAAUAUACCGAGAGCUGUUUGGCUCGCAGUACAUAGUAUUUUAUUAGACCUGUUUUCUUCCUUCUCUGUACAAUAGACGUCAGAAAAAAUACCUCCUCUCAAAAAGCAUGACAUUGUUUCUUCACUGCUAAACUAGUUUGGGUUUUUGUGAAGUUUUUGAUGUAUUUGCUCUUAGACAACAGCUGUGUUGUGGGCUGCAACACUGGCAUCAGUUCACUUGACCACUCCACACCCUUCAUUCACUUUAUCAAAGUGUAGGUUGGCCUGUUUUCGUCGACACCCCCAUGCCCCCUUUCUGGCCUUCGGCACUUUAACAAGCACUGUAGCAUUUUUGAACCCUGGAAAUGAAGAACCUGCAGCUCAGGUUCUGAUGCGUCUGAAUGUGGGAGCUAGGAUUGGUGUGCUUGUCCCUCCUGUAUUGUACUUGAUACAUUCCAGUAUGCAGACUGGCAGGGACAUCCAUUGGUGACCCUCUGAGUCUGCCACUCUUCAACUGGACAAUGGUUUUUAAAAAGGGAAGCUCGGCUUCUCUCAAACAUUCCAGAAGAUUCUGUCAACGACAAAGGGUKUGAGACCAUUUGGAGGGGGUGCCCAGUCCUAGGAUCACCCUGGUUAAAGAUCCUUGUAGGUGGAGUUGCUGUUUUCCUGUUUGUUGAGCUCUGCUGGUGUCUGGUGUACAAGUGGUGUACCGUCAUCAGUUUGUGAAGUAUUCCUUGUAUACAGUACUUCAACAUCUACAGGGUGAUGGUUCAACAGCGCUUUAGAGAGUUUUAGUCCUGCAUUACCCUUCUUUACUGAAUGAGGCUUGCUUCAGAAGCUUUAAAGGAAUGUUUCGUACAUGUAGCACAAAGAAAGCAUCAGAUUUACGUAGUCCCAACACCCUUCUUUUGUCAAUACUUUGUCGGGUUUUGCCACUUCCAGACUGCAGGCUAGCUUUUGGGGUCUUGUAUAUUUAAAUCACUGUGAAAGAAUGGGUCAUCUUAUACGGGCAUUGUUUAGGCCAGUGACCCACCUCCCCUUCCCAUCUCUCUACCCUCUACCCAGAAUGCCACAGGAAAGCACGUCAAAGCAAUAUUUAAAGCCAGGGAAGGAAAGGGAAGACUUGUCCCGCCACACUAGCAGUUCAUGCAGAAUGAGUUAGUCGUGGGAACAACGGUGCUGGUCGUGUCGCUGUCAGAGCCACGGUACCUCUUAAUCUGCAGGGAGUGAUUAAAUCAUGUUUAUUGGAGGAAAAUAAAGGUUUUGUUGGGUCACUGAACAGCUGUUGUCAAGAUAAAAAUGCUAUGCUACAAAAAUACUAAUGUACUCAAUACUUGUAAGUGUAUGUUAUUCAAUAAAUUGGUUAAUCAUAAUU